GCCGCCCGCCCCGGGGCCGCGCCGUGCUGGGCAGGGGCCAGGCCGAGCGCUGCGGUCUCCUGAGAACAUUUUUUUCUGAGUGAUUCCAGCUUCCAGACAUUUGCCAUGAUAAGGGUUUCGAUCCUUUCCCAUAUUUGCCCUGAGUCAUGAGUGGAUAUGUGUGAUGCCUGCAAGUAAAACUGGGUAAGAAGAGUGACCUAUUUGGGUGGCUGUAACUGAAGAUUGCUUUACAGGAGCAACAGAAGAAGGUUUUUGAGUCAUGAUGCAAGAAUCUGGGACUGAGACAAAAAGUAACGGUUCAGCCAUUCAGAAUGGAGCGAGCGGUGGCAACCACUUACUAGAGUGCAGCCUACGGGAGGUGAGAUCAAACGGCGAGACACCUUCAGUUGAAAUUGGGGCUGCAGAUUUAACACAUCUUCAGCAACAGCAGGCUCUCCAGGUGGCACGGCAGCUUCUACUACAACAGCAGCAGCAGCAGCAGCAACAGCAGCAACAGCAGCAGCAGCAGCAGCAGCAGCAAGUUAGUGGAUUAAAGUCUCCGAAGAGGAAUGACAAACAGCCGGCCCUGCAGGUUCCCGUGUCGGUGGCUAUGAUGACACCUCAAGUGAUCACUCCCCAGCAAAUGCAGCAGAUCCUCCAGCAACAAGUGCUAACUCCCCAGCAACUCCAAGUCCUGCUCCAGCAGCAGCAGGCACUCAUGCUUCAACAGCAGCAGCUUCAAGAGUUUUAACAGGAACAGUUGCAGCUUCAACUUUUACAGCAACAACAUGCUGGAAAACAGCCUAAAGAGCCCCAGCAACAGCAGGUGGCUACGCAGCAGUUGGCCUUUCAGCAGCAACUCUUACAGAUGCAGCAGUUGCAACAGCAGCACCUCCUGACUUUGCAGCGUCAAGGGCUGCUAACAAUCCAGCCUGGCCAGCCUACUCUGCCUCUGCAGCCCCUUGCACAAGGCAUGAUUCCAACAGAACUGCAGCAGCUCUGGAAGGAAGUGACAAGCUCGCACACAGCCGAGGAGGCAGCCAGCAACAACCACAGCAGCCUCGACCUGUCCACCACCUGCGUUUCCUCGUCCGCACCGUCUAAGACCUCCUUAAUAAUAAACCCACACGCAUCAACCAAUGGACAGCUAUCGGUUCACACUCCUAAACGGGAGAGUUUAUCCCACGAGGAGCACUCACACAGCCAUCCGCUCUAUGGACACGGCGUAUGCAAAUGGCCAGGCUGUGAAGCAGUAUGUGAAGACUUCCAGUCGUUUCUAAAACAUCUCAACAGUGAGCAUGCGCUGGAUGAUAGAAGUACAGCCCAAUGUAGAGUACAAAUGCAGGUUGUACAGCAGUUAGAGCUACAGCUUGCAAAAGAUAAAGAGCGCCUGCAAGCCAUGAUGACACACCUGCAUGUGAAGUCAACUGAACCAAAAGCCACCCCUCAGCCUCUCAAUCUGGUGUCCAGCGUCACGCUUUCCAAGACAGCAUCCGAGGCUUCUCCACAGAGCUUACCUCAUACUCCCACCACCCCGACUGCACCCAUCACUCCCGUCACGCAGGGACCGUCAGUCAUCACUACCACAAGCAUGCACAACGUCGGGCCCAUCCGGAGGCGGUACUCGGAUAAAUACAACGUCCCCAUUUCUUCAGAUAUUGCCCAGAACCAAGAAUUUUAUAAGAAUGCAGAAGUUAGACCACCGUUCACGUAUGCAUCUUUAAUUAGACAGGCCAUCCUUGAGUCUCCAGAAAAACAGCUAACACUAAAUGAAAUCUACAACUGGUUCACGCGAAUGUUUGCUUACUUCAGGCGCAACGCAGCGACGUGGAAGAAUGCAGUGCGUCAUAAUCUUAGUCUUCACAAGUGUUUUGUGCGAGUAGAAAACGUUAAAGGGGCAGUAUGGACAGUGGAUGAACAAGAGUUCCAAAAACGAAGGCCACAAAAGAUCAGUGGUAACCCUUCUCUUAUUAAAAACAUACAGACCAGCCACACCUACUGCACACCUCUCAAUGCUGCUUUACAGGCUUCAAUGGCUGAGAACAGUAUACCUCUAUACACUACUGCUUCCAUGGGAAAUCCCACUCUGGGCAACCUAGCCAACGUGAUGAGGGAAGAGCUUAAUGGUGCAAUGGAGCAUACGAACAGUAAUGGGAGUGACAGUAGUCCAGGACGUUCCCCUAUGCAAGCAAUGCACCCCGUGCAUGUCAAAGAAGAACCGCUAGAUCCAGAUGAAAAUGAAGGCCCGCUCUCCUUAGUGACAACAGCCAACCACAGUCCAGAUUUCGAUCACGACAGAGAUUAUGAAGAUGAACCUGUAAAUGAGGACAUAGAAUGAAUAUGUCUGACACCAUCAUCCUGAGGACGAAGACGGGAAGAACACGUCAAACCUAGCUGUGAAAUCUCUCCAUUGUUGUACAGUCUGGAGGAUUCUCAGUCCGCUUUGACAACUAUGAAAUAUGUUAACUCUUAGUGCCAUCAAGUAUCCCAUUUGGGAGUAUUUUUGAUUUUUCUACUUUUUGUUGAAAAAAGGAAUUUGUACUCUGUGCAUUGGAUGGACUUGUUUGGUACUUGGGAUUUUCCUCUCUUACAGUCAACGUCAGUGUUGUAAAUUUGCUAAACUGAUUCACUUACCUUUAGCAGCCAACUGUGGACUGCAGGUCCUGCCAAUUUUGGACACUUGAGGACAUCAAACUGAGCAUGUACACCAGAACUGCAGAUCAAGUCUUUGCCCAGAUUUUAAGGAUUCCAAUGGACAACAUAUUUGCACAGUACUGCAUGU